UUCACUUUCCUUUAGCCUAUUCCUAUUUCUAUAUAUUCAUAGUCUCACACACACAAACCCAUUUGUCUCAUAACCAUGGAGUUUCCAAGAACCAAAAGCCUUUGUUUCUUCUUCUUCUUCACGGCCCUCCUCUCUUUCUCAACCAUCUCCGACGCACGGAGGUUCGGAGUCGGAGGUAGCGGCGCGUGGGUUCCAAAUCCCCCGGAAGAUUAUGGAUCUUGGGCUGGAAAAAGCCGUUUCCUAGUACACGACACUCUCUAUUUUAACUACGCCAAGGGAGCUGACUCGGUUCUAGAGGUCAGCAAGGCUGACUACGACGGAUGUAACAGCAAGAACCCGAUCAAGAAAGCUGACGACGGAAACUCUGAGAUCUCGCUUGAUCGCUCUGGUCCGUUUUACUUCAUCAGCGGUAAUGAAGAUAACUGUAAGAAGGGACAGAAGCUUGCCGUCGUUGUCUUGUCUGUCAGAACUUCGACUCCGCCUCCUCAAGCCUCCACGCCGGGAAACUCUCCGCCAGGAUCAAUGCCACCUAAGUCUUCUUCUUCCCCUGUUUCUCCGGCUACUUCUCCACCGGCGCCUAUGCCACCUAAAUCAUCCUCCCCCGUUUCUCCGUCCUCUGCUCCGGUGACUUCUCCGCCGGGAUCCAUGUCACCUAAGUCCUCAUCCCCUGUUUCUCCGUCCUCUGCUCCGAUGACUUCUCCGCCGGGAUCUAUGUCACCUGAGUCUUCUUCCCCUGUUUCUCCGAUGACUUCUCCUCCAUCACCUCCGUCCUCUGCUCCGGGUUCUUCACCGUCGGGAUCAAUGGCACCAAAAUCUUCUUCCGCCGUUUCUCCGUCUCUGGCUCCGGAAGGAUCUCCUUCCUCUAUUGCUUCUUCGCCGUCGGGGAUGGGUCCCUCAGGAGACGCUCCGUCAGGUUCGGAUAUGGGUCCCUCUGGAGAUGGACCGUCAAGCUCCGGUGAUAUCAAUUCGCCGGCGGAAGCUCCAGGCUCGAAAAAAUCCUCUGCGAAUGGCAUGGCCGUUAAGUCGGUAACUACAGUUUUAAGUCUGGUUUUAACCAUAUUGAUGUCAGCUUAAUAACACUUUUGAGGCUAGAGAUUCAUGUCGGAAUUGAUUUUCUCUAUUCUAUUGUUCUAGCUUCAUUUUAGUCUCUGCUUCUUCUUUUGUUAAUUGGUUAUGUCAGAAUAGUUUGAUAAUUUGGAUUGUUGUAAUAAAUAAUAGACACGAUAUUGUGCUAAACAUGAUCAUUCUAGUUACACAAACACAUGAUAAAUUCUAAUUAAGAGUGUA